AUGGCUGCGCCGGUGUACAAUGCUUCCAUGCCCGAAGGGGGCGAUCCAACCAAAGUCGACGUCAAUGCACAAUAUGCAGGAUUGGAAUACAAUUAUAUUUACAUCACCGCCUGCACUUUUAUCGUCUUCUUAAUUCUGCCCGGGAUCGCCUUCCUCUACAGUGGAUUAACCCGCCGGAAGUCCGCAUUGGCCCUCCUUUUCCAAGGCUUUAUGAUCCUUGCGGUUGUCACAUUCCAAUGGUUAUUCUGGGGUUAUUCUCUAGCUUAUUCCAGAAAUGGCGGACCAUUCAUCGGCACGCUGCAGAAUUUUGGACUGAAGAAUGUCAUGGUUGCACCCUCUCCCGGUUCCGCCGUGCUUCCCGAGAUCGUCUUCUGCCUCUUCCAGCUUCUUUUCUGUGCUUGCACGGUAAUGAUACUUGCGGGAGGUGCCUUUGAACGAGGUAACAUCUGGCCUUCUCUGAUCUUCAGCUUCUUCUGGGCCACGAUCGUCUAUUGCCCUCUAGCCAGGUGGACAUGGAGCAGCAACGGUUGGCUUUAUAAAUUUGAGGCUAUAGACUUCGCUGGAGGUGGUCCCGUCCAUAUAGCUUCGGGUUGUGCCGCUUUAGCAUAUGCGUUGGUCCUGGGAAAGCGGUUGCACCAUGGAGAAGCCUCGCCGCGCAAACCCCACAACACGACGUUAGUAUUUCUGGGAACAGUUCUUAUCUGGACAGGAUGGCUCGGGUUCAACGGUGGAUCGAGUCUUAACGCCAGUAUGCGUGCUAUGGUGGCCGUCUUCAACACCAAUACGGCAGGAUGCACGGGGAUCCUGGGAUGGGUCCUGGUCGACAUGAUCAAACACAAGGGUAGAUUUUCCGUGGUUGGGGCUUGUGAAGGCGCCAUUGCCGGUCUCGUGGGAAUCACACCAGCUGCCGGCUGUGUUUCUCUUUGGCUCGCGGCUUGUAUUGGGUUCAUUACUGGCAUCGUCUGUUCAUCACUACAGAACAUUAAUGACUGGCUCAGGAUUGACGAGGGCAUGGACGUCUUCAAGCUUCAUGGGGUUGGGGGCAUGGUCGGUGCCUUCUUGACCGGACUUUUCGCGAGUGAAUCCAUUUCAGCCCUGGAUGGGGCCAGUCUUACUGGCGGAGCGAUUGAUGGCAACGGAAUCCAGGUUGGCCGGCAACUUGCUGAGAUCUGUGCUAUCGCUGGGUAUUCCUUUACUGUGUCCUACAUCUUGCUCUUCAUUCUCAAGUACAUCCCUGGGAUGCGUCUACGGGUGGAUGAGGCAUCGGAGAUGAUGGGUCUCGACCGGGCACAGUUCUUUGACGAACAGAUCGGAGACUGGUCGAUAGCACAUGGCAUGAGCAGUCCGAUGAUGAUGGGGGUGUCUAAAGAGCCAUCUGGGUCAAAAGACGAGCAGACACCGAAGAAAUCGGGAGUCUAG